AUGCCGCAAACACAUCGCAACCAAAACAAACCUUAUAUGCAAUCACUGCGCACUACCAUCCGCCGAGUACCAACUCAACUCAACCGUAUCCACAAGCGAACUAUCACGAACACUACACCUACUAUGUCUCUCUUCCCGCGCUUUACUCAGGAGUUUGCUCCCCUCUUCCGCCUCAUGGACGACUACGACCGUCACGUCGUCCGCCCAGAUUUCGAACGCCAAAUCCGCUCCGUCAAGGCUUUCACGCCCAAGUUUGAUGUCAAGGAGGUCGAAGAGGCAUAUGAGUUGCAUGGAGAGUUCCCGGGCAUCGACCAGAAGGAUAUCAACAUCGAGUGGACCGAUGCCAACACGCUUACCGUAUCCGGACGUCACGAGACAGUGAGGGAGGAGGGCGAGCGCCCGAGUGCCGCUAUCGACGGCUCUGGUGAAGAGGCCAAGAAGAUUGAGGGAGCCCCUGCAAAGGACAAGCAGCCUUCCGUCGAGGAGGAGGGUGAGCAGCAGGUUGCCAAGCAGGGCAACCAGGAGAUCACGAAGAACGAAGAGGCGCCUAAGCACAAGUACUGGGUUAGCGAGCGCUCAGUGGGCGAGUUCCACCGCAGCUUCUCGUUCCCCCAGCGCGUGGACCAGGAAGCUGUCAAGGCGAGCCUGAAGAACGGUAUCCUUUCUAUUGUUGUCCCCAAGGCGAAGGCUCCUCAGCCGAGGAGGGUCAACAUCGAAUAA